GAUUGCCUGAAAGAGAGCAGCAGGCGGUGAUGAAAGCGUGCAGAGAAGAUCUGUGGAUGGCGCGCCACAGCAGACAUGGACGAGGAGUGGAACAUCUCAAUGGCCGGCUGUGGCUUCAGGAGCGUCUACUACUUGGGAGCGCUGACCUGCAUCUUGGAGCGAGCGCCCCGCUUGGUCCACGGAGCUUCCAGAAUCUGCGGCGCGUCGUCCGGAUGCCUCGUGGCCGCCGCGUUGACCGUCGGCCUUCCCGUCGAACAUUUGUGUGUGGACGUGUUGAGCGCGGCCAAGGAGGCCAGAAGACAUCACCUGAGCGUCUUCCACCCCAACUUCAGUCUCCUGAGGACGGUGAGGGACUCUCUGCAGGAGAAGCUUCCACAAGACGCCCACCUGAGAGCCUCCGGGAGACUUUGUGUGUCCCUCACCAGGAUGUCCAACUGGAAGAACGUCCUGGUGUCUCAGUUUGACAGCAGGGAAGAACUCAUACAGGUGUUGCUCUGUAGCUGCUUUUUCCCCAUCUACUGUGGCUUCAUGCCACCUUCAUACCGUGGAGAGCUUUUCAUGGACGGCGCCCUGAGCAACAACAUGCCGCUGUUCGAGCAGCGCAACACCAUCACUUUGGCGCCCUUCUGCAGCGAGAGCGACAUCUGUCCCAAAGACGGCGCCUUCACCUGCGUGUCCGUGCACUACGCCAACCUCAGCAUCCAUGUGACCACGGGCAACGUGCACCGCAUCUGCACGUCCUUCCUGCCCCCCGCGCUCGAGGAGCUGGCGGACGUCUUUCACGGCGGCUACGCGGACGCCCUCCGGUUCCUCCGACAAGGAGAUCUGCUCGGACCAUCUUCCUGGCAGGACGAGGGGGACAGUUUAAAGUCGGCUGAGGGACUACAGGAGGACAUUCCACUCAGCUCCAAGAAAGCCAUGUGUGCAGGGUGGAGAGAGGCGGGUCACGUUGGCGCCGGUCCAUCUUGGCAACUCAGAAUUUUGUUCUGUCUGCUGACUCCACUCGUGUUGGCUGCAGAGUUGAUCUUCUUCCUCAUCAAAAGCCUGCUGAUGACCACCAACAAUCUGAUUGGGCAGCGGCGAUCACGACGACGACAACAAGAUGAACUGCAACCACUUGAGGUAGCCCCUCCCCUUCCGCUACGUCGCCAAGAAGGUGGCGAUUAGGGGGCGGUUCGGGUCCGCCGCGGCGCGCUCGCCAACUUGGGUGCGCUGAAAAGACUACGUCUGCGUAUGGAAGAGUGCAAAAUUGAAACACGGAUGUUAGCCUGUUUCAAGUAAUACGCUGCCCCCCGCUGGUCAGGAGUGUAAAGUACAAGACUGAGUCCCUGUUUAAAAAAAGGACAGUGGGAAAAAGUCCCCGUCCCUGAUUGGAUGUCGGUAAAAACCACAGCCGUCGCUGUGAAGAUCAAAGAAAUAUCUAAAAGGAGGCAGAAAGAAGAUUCUGCAAGACGCCUACAAAGUCUAUCUAAGCGCGGACAUGUCCGCUAACGGUUAUCCAGACGGGAGGACGGCAGCGGGGCCUCACUAACGUCUUUUCUUCCUCACGCGGCGCCGUCUUUCGCUCCUCCGCUGAUGUCUGGAAUCUCGUCGGCAAAAGACUGCGACAUCCACUGUCCGUCGGGGAGUUGACCUUCUGGGGUCUGCGACGUGCUCGCCUCCUGUGCUCGGUCUGCCGGGACACACAAAUAUUGCUCCUUUAUUGCCAAAAGAUCUGAACCUUGACCAUCUGUGUUCAGGUGCGUGUGUGCUCACCUGUGCUUUCACUAGGGGAGAAGGUACAGUGACCGUUGGCCUGACUUUGGCCUCCUUCAGCUCCGGGCUGCGCGUACGCUCCGCCGUAGGCGUCCUCGUAGCCUGGAUCGUACUGCUCCUCCUUGAUGGCGAGCCUCUUGGCGUCCUCUGUGAACACACAGGGAAGUGUCAAGUAAACACAGCAUCUUCAUCAUCAUCAUCAUCAUCAUUCAUACCCUUGGCCAGACUCAGGUCAAAGGAGUAGUGGACCUCCUCGAUCUCCCUGGGCUUGGCCGCACCCCGCAGCUGGUCUCGGAGCUCCCUCAGCUUGAUGUAGAAGUGCACUUUGUCCUGAGCGCGCGGGAACUGCGCACAGCGAGCGCUGGAUGAAGGCAUCAGGUAGAGAGCCUGAGAGCAAGAGGGACGUUUCACCACUGCUUGGUUGUGGUUUCAUUGAAAUGGGUUCAACUUGUCAUGGACCACGUUUGCGUGCACACAGUAUUAUAUUCAGGGAAGAAGAAAAUAUUUGUGGUAUUUUGCUUUGAAAAAUUCUGUGCUUUUAUAGGCACCGACCGAAUUCCGUCAGUACUGCCGGGUAUAGAGUCACGUAAAAUCAAAGGGAGCCGUAUUCCGAUACUUUUGUUGCAUGUGACGUAACGUCCGAUUUAAGACUUGCAGACUAAACAGCGGCUCAUGUAAACGAUCAGUACCGUAUUUUUGGGAUUAUAAAUCGCAGUUUUUUUCAUAGUUUGGCCGGGGGUGCGACAUAUACUCCGGAGCGAUUUAUGUGUGAAAUUAUUAAACACAUUACCGUAAAAUAUCAAAUAAUAUUAUUUAUCUAAUUCACGGAAGAGACGAAGCAAAUGUCAGCAAUCGUCACACACACGUCAACCAAUAGAAAUUAUGCAGGGGCGGGUCAUAGUACAAGUGCAUUGUGGGUCAUGAUGGCGGUGUAUUGUGAAAAAAAAGAUGCUACAUCAUACUUGCCAACCCUCCCGGUUUUACCGGGAGACUCCCGGUAUUCAGCGCCUCUCCUGAUAACCGCCCGGCAGAAAUUUUCUCCCGACAAACUCCCGGUAUUCAGCCGGAGCUGGAGGCCACGCCCCCUCCAGCUCAAUGCGGACCUGAGUGGGGACAUCCUGUUCUCACGUCCGCUUUCCCACAAUAUAAACAGCUUGCCUGCCCAAUGACUUAACAUCUACGGCUUUUAGAGAGUAGAGUGCACAACUGCGCACACAAGGAGACGAAGCAGAAGAACGAGGAAGUUACAGACAUGGCGACGCCGUCGACGAGCAAGAUGAAGAAAUACGCUUACAAGUUCCAAAACGAAUGGAAACAAGAAUUUCAGUUCAUCCAGGACAGUUCGAAGGGGAAGGGGUAUGCCUGUACAUUUUGUAGAAAAAGACUUCUCCAUUGAACAUGGUGGCCGAAAUGAUAUACUCAUUCAUGAACGGAGAAGUUAAACAGGACAAUACUGCCAUCUACUGGAUAGCCUCCGGAACAAUGAAAUUCAAGUAUUUAUUUUAUUUAUA